GAAAAAAAAAAUCGAUUUGUUUUCACGCCAGUUCUGACAGUUUGCAUAAAAAAGAGCUCCGCAGUCGCCCAGUUCGCAGUGCUUUGGGAAAAUUUUCACCUCCAAAUUCUCUUGCCUAAAAUCGGUCGCAAAAGUUGACUAAAAAGGAUCUCAAAAUGACCUAGUUCGCGGUUCCGGUCCAGCCAGUGGUAAGUGCGCACAAUUGGAACACAAUGAACAGCCACAUGGACGGCGAUUUCCCAGCCCUGGGGGCAGCGGCAGCGGGUGGCGCAGGUUCCACCCAUUUGCCAUUGUCCGAUUUGGAAAAAUCAUCGGCCCGGAAGGCCCGCAAAGAGGCGGAAAAGCAGAAAAAGCAAGCCAAACGGUACGAAGAGCAACUGAAGAAGAUCCGCGGACCGAAGAGCCAGAAGAUUCAGAUGAUCGACGAGAGCUUCCUGGAGAAGUACCACACGGCUCAAGCGCUUCCGCCGGGGCCAACGCUCAAGACGAAGAAACGCUCGAAGAAAACUCCGAGCGACGUGGUGCAGAUCAACUUGUCGGAUUGCAUCCGUGAUCGGUUGUCGCUGGCGGAGAAGGGCGAAACGGGGAGCGGCGGGGAACUGAAGGCGCUGGUCAAACCGGUCGUUCCGAUUGCCAUCACCCAGCCGAUCGUGCUGCACAAGGGCAAGCAGCGGGAAGUUCCGAAGGAGAAGAAGCUGUCCAAGUUGAAGAAGGAUAUCAUCAACAACCGGAAGGUGAAACAGGAAGGUCAGCAGCAGCAGCAGCAGGUGGACGGUGGGGAGCCGGAUGAUGCCUGUGCGGGAAGUGGCGAGGUGGCCGAAGGAGUUUCGUUGAACGGUGGUGGUGGUAUCCACGGUGAUGGACCUGCUUUAGGAGGUGUUUCGCCCUUCCUGAAGGCUAUUGAGCGGUGCUGUUCGAAUGAGGACACGGUUCCACCGGCAAUCGGUUCCGAAGAGUAUCAGAACGGGUUUCCGGCUUUGAACGAUACCGUUAAGGUGGUGAGCGAGGAGAAGAUCCUUCACUGUCGGAUGUUCAGAACGUACUGCGAUCACUUAAUCACGGACGAGUUGCGUGACCUGGCCGAGAACGUGGUUACCAAGUUGUUUCAGUUCCAGUCGAACGCCUACGGCAAGAACCCGAUCAAGGCGGUCAGCAACAAGCGCUACUGCGUCGGUUUCAACGAGGUGCUCAAACAUUUGGAAACGCGCAAAAUCAAGCUGGUGCUGAUCGCACCGGAUCUGGAGCCUAAUGACAGUAUUGACCAGUUGGUGGAGCGCGUCAAGGUUGUUUGCCGUCAGGCCCGGGUGCCCUACGUGUUCGCCAUCAAACGGCGCAAGCUGGGUUUCCACCUGAUGAAGAAAGUCCCGGUAAGUUGUUUGGGCAUCAUUAGCUACGAUGGCGUGGACAAUCCGGUUAAACGGAUGCUGGAAAUUGUCGAACAGGAACGCGUAAGCUAUCGGAAUGUAUCCGGCGGUAAAUAGUGUCCGGUGCGGAUGUCGCAAAAUACUCUAAUAAUUCCAUGAUAAUCGUUUGAAAGUAAGUAAUCGAUGAGCUUGGUAAAAAUGAUUGGUUACCCACUAACUCGAUUGCAAUAAUAAACAUAUGCGACAUCCUUCAGAGUCAGUCCCCGGCCAUUCGCGCAAAAUUCUCAAAUGCCAAACAAUGAUACUCAUUAAUCAUACUUCCACUUCAUCAUUCCACUAUAAGAAGUGUUGUCUACCAUACCCUACUAGUAAGUCCCCCCCUCUCUAGUCAUAAUUAUUAAAGUGUGUGUGCAAUAAACGUGUGACAUUCCCCGGCAACCUCCUAGAUGCGCAAUAUCCAGAGCCCAUUGCUCCAUCAAUAAGAUUCGAAUGCCCUUCCAUUUGGCUCUGCUGUGAAUGAUUGUCGGAAGCUGGCAUUUGGAAGAGCAGGACAUGUGGCAAGAUAUUCAUUUUAGAUGUUGUAUCCGUUGGUACAAAAAAGCAAGUUGGGGUUGAUGAAGAAACCAUAAAGGUGAAAAGGCAUACCAAAUAAACAAUAUCAUAUAGUGUCAA